AGGGUGAUGGUGGGCGGCAGUGGGCGGCUGGUGCUUUAUUUUACAUGGAUUUACGCUGAUCAGGAUGGUGACACGGUCCUCUGUUCGGUGUUGCCUGUGUGUGUUCUGGUGCAAGCUUGGUGCCUGGCAGGGAGGGCCAGGAGCUGCUGCUACUGACGGCCAGCAACACUGUAACAUUGCGUGACGUCACAGACCGGGCAGGGGAAGAUAAGUAGACAAGUUCUCCAGGAGUGAGUCUCCGCCAGGCCUUCACGGGAGACGCACGCACGCCGCCAGCUCUCUCUGCCCCCGACACACCUGUACUCAACUUACCUGUCUCUCCCGGCCAGGUGUUCUCUACAAAUCUCAGAAUGUCACGUAUGAUGAUGUGGGCGGCCGUGGUGCUUAUGGGCGUGGCGGCAGCGGCAGCGGGGGGCGCGGAGCAAGGCGAAGCAGGGAGCGACGGCCCCCGCCCUCGCCGCGCCCCCUCUGGCUUCCUGGGCAUGAGGGGAAAGAAGGAGGCGCCCUCACCCUCCCUCCAAGACGCCCCCGCCCCCCCCGAGGAUCUUCUCCCCUCUUUCUAUCAGCUGGAUGUUCCCCUCAGAGGCAAGAAGGCGCCCUCUGGUUUCCUUGGCAUGAGGGGAAAGAAGAGUGAAGAAGAGGAAGAGGAGGAGGAAGAGGGGAUGUACGCUCACCCCUCAUUUAACUCCGAAUUUGACAGUCUCGUGAAGCGUUACCCCUCAGGCUUCCUGGGAAUGAGGGGAAAGAAGGCGCCCUCUGGUUUCCUUGGAAUGAGGGGAAAGAAAUCGUCCAUAGAGGAUUAUCUCUCCUCCCCCGUGUCCCGCCAGGCCCUCCUCUCCCUCCUCCAAGGGGACGCCGCCCCCCCUAUGGAUGACGACUACUACUACUACUACAAUCCUGAAGGGUGGCGGGCUGGCACACACAAGCGGGCUCCUUCUGGCUUCCUGGGCAUGCGCGGGAAGAAGGACGCUUACCCAGGACUCCCCCAGGACAAGAGGACUCCUUCAGGUUUCCUUGGCAUGCGGGGUUGAGGAGUGAAAGGCGAGAAUGUCCUACCACAAUGAACCACCACCACCACCACCACCUCUACUACCACCACCACCACCACCACCACCAACCUGCCUCCACCUCCACCACCACCACCACCACCACCACCACCACUUCAAAACAACAACAACAACAACAACAACGAAAGAGAGAAAAAAAAUAAUAAAUCUUUCACAUUUUGCCCAAUAAAAAUAAUAAUAAUGAUAAUAAUAAUAAUAAUAAUAAUAUACACAUUUUUUUACAUCCGUUUAGAAAUUAGCUGUACAAACCGUGAUGUGUGGGUGAGGUGGAGGUGUGGGUGGGCGUGGGUGGGCGUAGGUGGGCGUAGGUGGGCGUGGGUGGGUGUAUUUACCUGUAAUCAUGUCAUCAGUCACCUGUGUAGUCUCGUUAAGGUACACAAGGCUGGGUAACUUUCUCUAAUGUAAAGUUCCGUGUAUCUUGAUUAGUCUUCCAGGUGAAUGUCACGUUUUCUUUGAUGGGUCUCUGUUUUCUUUCUCUUUUUCUUCUUUUUCCUUGCUUUUUCUUCCUUUCUUCGUUUUUUUUUCAUUAUUGUUUUUUUUUUCAUUUUUUCCGUGUAUCUUGUUGAGUUUUCCAGAUAAAUGUCACGUUUUCUCUGGUGGAUCUCCGUUUUCUUUCUUUUUUCACCUAUUUUUCCUUGCUUUUAUUUAAUUUUCUUCAUUAUAUUCCUUCAUUCUUUUCAUUUUUUUCAUUAUUUUCUUUAUUUCCUUCUAUUUUCUCAU